AGGAAAAGAACAAAUGCUAUUGGUUGGUUGAGGAGGAAGUGGACGCGGGGGGUUUGGUUUGUCAUGUAACUGGCUGCCCUUUAGUUACACAAAACGUCCCACAGUGGUAUAGAAAGUCUAUCAGUGAGUUGUAUAUUUCCUCAAGAGUUGGUAUGACAUCAACUUUCAAACAGCUUUGAUUUAGGAAUCUGUAUCGCCAGUGAAGAGGAAUUACGAAUGACAAAAACACCACUGUCUUUUGAGUGAGUGUGCUAAACGCUAUCUGCGGCCUAGUAGCUACUAGCUAGCUAGCUAGCUAAUUUGACAUUUGACUGACUAGGUUCUGGACACCAUCUCUGAUGAUCCACCUGUCUACUGCUGGUAAGUAAGUGCCCACAGGAGUCCACAACAUCACAAUGACAUCUCAAGAUGGAGAGGGAGCUGGAGGAUUUAACCUGUCGCCCCACCUGCACACAGAUGAGUGCAAUGAGCUUAUAAGCCAGCUGCGGCAAUGCCACACAGAGCAUAAUUUCUUGAAGUUCUUCGGAACAUGCAAUGACAUCGAUCGCGCUAUGCGUCACUGCCUGCACAAUGAGCGGCUGGAAAAGCGGGAGCGCAACAAACAGCAUGCACAAGCCAUGAGAAAGAGGCUGAAAGAAGCAUCAAAGGAGCAGGUCUCAGAGUUUUAAUACAAACCUUCAUCCAGGAGCGCUGCCUUGCUGCUAUACUCAGAUGGGACACUGAACUAAGCUCGUGUCACUAUUUUGACGAUUCAACAAUAGGGAACGUUGGUCACUGGAGAAUAGCCUUAACACAAUGUACGUGAUUAACUAUUACCUUAAUUCAUGGUAAUAGCUGAGAGAAACAUGGCCAAAGCUAGAGUAUGCCACGUAAAACAACUUACUCUUGGUUUUGAGCCACUAAUUAGGUACAGCCGAAUGAGACGCAAUACAAUGGCUAUAUCUAAAAUUCCAGCUAAACAAAGAUUGUGUUUUUUUUUUAUUGACACAAUAUUAUUGUGGUUGUAGUUUGCAGUGGAAUUGAAAUAGUGGAUGCAUUUCUAACAAGGAUCGAAGCUAGUAUCUGUAAUGCAUAGCCGAAGUUCAUGUGUUCAUUUCAGUGCAAUACAACUGCAAAUCUCUGUAAUAAAAAAAGAAUAAUAUUAAAAUAAAAAGUCAGCCUUACUAACUUUGUAAAAGG